AUGUGCAGAUUUCAGGACUGGAGAUCAGAGCAAUCUGUUAACUCAGAGAACACAGUUUCACCACGCAGACAUAGUGUAUUUAGAUCACUUAAAGAAAGAACUGGUGGAUUAUUUGCAUUCCUUGGAAACUUAUUCCAUUUUAAAACCUUGAAGAGAUCAAUGCUGGAAGACUGGAAGUCCACGCAAAAUGUUUUUCACCCACAAGGACCAUUUCUGCAAAGAUGGAACAAGAUAUUUGUGUUAUCAUGUAUUUUUGCAGUCUCUGUGGACCCAUUGUUCCUCUAUAUCCCGGUUAUCAGUGAUAAAAAUCCUUGCUGGUAUUUGGAUAGGAAGAUGAAAAUCAUUGCAAGUGUCCUGCGCUCUUUCACAGAUAUAUUUUAUGUACUCCAUAUCAUAUUCCAGUUUCGGACAGGCUUUAUCACGUCUUCCUCUACAAAUUUUGGUAGGGGUGUAUUGGUUGAGGAUAGAUAUGCUAUAGCAAAGCGGUAUCUGUCAACAUAUUUUCUGAUUGAUGUCUGUGCUGUUCUACCCCUCCCUCAGGUGAUCAUUUUGGUCGUUCUGCCUCCUCUUCAGGGCUCAAAGUUCAUGAAAGCGAAAAACAUCUUGAUGAUUAUAGUUAUAUGCCAAUAUGUACCUCGGCUAAUCCGAAUAAGGCCAUUAUAUCUUCAAAUCACUAGAUCUGCUGGGAUAAUUACAGAGACAGCAUGGGCUGGUGCUGCCUUCAAUCUAAUAAUUUACAUGCUUGCUAGUCAUGAGUAUUGGACAGUUAACAUAAUGAGUAGUUCUUUUCCUUCAUUGACCCUGAUGGUCCUUGGAGCAGUUUGGUACUUGCUUUCUAUUCAACGCAAAGAUGCCUGCUGGAAACAGAAAUGUAGUCUAAAUCCUGACUGUAACCCUGCAUAUCUAUACUGUGGGAAUGGUAAUACGAAUGCUGAAAAUGUUUUCUUACGGAGUGUUUGCAAUCCAAGUAUAACCACAGACAAUCUUCCAGACCCACUCUUUGGAAUCUAUCUGCCAGCUAUAAAUAAUGUUUCGCAAUCAACAAAUUUCUUCGCAAAAUUAUUUUACUGUGUCUGGUGGGGUCUGCAAAAUCUCAGUUCGCUUGGCCAAAACCUCAAAACAAGCACUUAUGCUUGGGAGAAUUUGUUUGCAGUUUUUGUCUCAAUAUCCGGCUUAGUUCUGUUUUCACUUCUGAUCGGUAAUAUGCAGACCUAUUUGCAGUCAGCUACUCUGAGAAUAGAAGAAACGAGAGUGAAAAGCCGCGACACAGAUCAAUGGAUGUCAUAUCGGCUUCUUCCUGAUAACCUCAAGGAGCGAAUACGGCGUUAUGAACAAUAUAGAUGGCAAGAGACAAGCGGGGUUGAUGAAGAGCACCUCCUGAUGAACCUCCCCAAGGAUCUUAGAAGGGCUAUAAAACGACAUCUUUGUUUAUCACUUCUCAAGAGGGUUCCAAUGUUUGAAAAAAUGGAUGAUCAGCUCUUGAAUGCCUUGUGCGACUGCCUAAAGCCUGUUUUGUACACAGAAGGUGGCUGCAUCGUUCGUGAGGGGGAUCCAGUAAAUGAAAUGUUCUUUAUCACGAGAGGAAACCUCAUGAGCAUGACGACAAACGGUGGGAAAACUGGCUUCUUCAACUCUGAUGUUCUGAAAAGCGGAGAUUUCUGUGGUGAGGAGCUUCUUACCUGGGCUCUUGAUCCCAACUCAGCAACCAGUCUCCCCAUCUCAACCAGGACAGUGAAGUCAAUGUCUGAAGUCGAAGCUUUUGCUUUGAUGGCUGAAGACCUGAAGUUUGUGGCCACACAGUUUCGACGGCUACACAGCAAACAGCUCCGGCACACCUUCAGGUUCUAUUCGCAGCAGUGGAGAACUUGGGCCGCUUGUUUCAUACAAGCGGCCUGGCACAGGCGCUGCAGAAAGAAGAUGGAAGAUGCUCUGCGCGAGAAGGAGGAAAGGCUGCAACUCGCGAUUGUGAAUGACGGUUCCACUCCGCUCAGCUUCGGUGCGGCAAUAUACGCUUCACGUUUUGCUCGCAACAUGAUGCGGAUCUUGAGGAGAAAUGCCACCCGGAAGGCCCGGCUGCAGGAAAGGGUGCCCGCAAGGCUGUUGCAGAAGCCAGCAGAACCCAACUUUUCUGCAGAGGAGCAGUAG